CUACAAGGUUUUUUCUUCAUUUACGGAUGGUGAACUAUUCUGUCGAGUUUUUAUCGAAUAGUAAUUGUUUUAGUUGUCAAAAAGGACCUAAAGACCCGUGUUUCCUCGAAGCUAUCAUGCUGAACACAGAGGAAAGCUGAACGCUCGAGAUGUCAACAUCAGCUUUUAUUGUUCACCGCAGACGAGGCUGUGAUGAAGGCUGUGAUACAGACCUUUAGCAACUCCUGGUUAUCGGGGUCUCGGCUUCCCAGCUCCAUCCCUCAGUCUCCGGGGCCUCUGUGGUGCUCCGAUGCCCCUCACCCACAACUAAAGAUCCCGGGUGGGCGAGGGUCUGUCAGGGAUCACUCCCUCGGCGUGCUACUACACAAGGAUGAGAAGUUAACUGUGACGCAGGCCACUCCCGCGAGUGGGAACCCCUCUUUUCUCUGCUUCCACUACCAGCUGAAUGAGCGCCGCUCGGCUUCCUGGGACACAGCUCUAUCAAGAGACAGGCUCUUCCUGGAGAUCCCUGCCGGGCCGCUGGUGGAGGGGAGCAAAGAGGGGCUAACUGCUCUGCUGGAGUUUGUGGAAGGGAAGCUCAAAGUUAACUACGUGUUCCUGUGGUUCCAUAAAAACAGAGAGGAUCGAUUGACCAUCAUCAAGACGUUCCACUACAUGGGCUUUGAGAUGGUGAAGCCGGGCCACCCCAUGGUACCGGCCCGGCCUGAUCUGGCCUUCAUGGUUUACUCUCUGGACAACAGCAGCUCAGACGAGGAGUAACUGCCACACCGUCUCCUGACACCUCCCUCUCUCACCCUUAAAAGGUGUCACCUUUUUUUUUUUUUUUACAGACUUGUGAUUUAAGGGGGCGUUCGGGAGUGGUGGGAUUUCCAUGUGACGCAGACACCUCCACCUCCAGCCUUCCCCUCCUUCCCCUCCUUCCCCCGAGGACAUCUGCAGAUUGGAUAAACAGGGAGCGCCGUAGCUUGAACUAAGCCAUCAUGUGCAUCUUGGGACUUGGGAUUUAUUUUUCCUGCUGAGUGGUUCAUCUCUUGGCCACAUUAUUGUUUGUGCAUCAACAAGACACACAUCAGUUUGACAUUCAGGAGAAAGCGGUGGUUUACAUUAAAAAUCAGCAUAUCUCUCCUGACAGCUUCAACCUUUUUAUAAGAAAAGAGACUUUGGUUUGUCUUCGUGUGCACUAUAUCAUGCAAGCUGUGUUUGUUAUGGUUAAAAACAGGGAACUAUGGGUUUGGUAUGGUCAAUAAAAUGUUGUUUUACUUCACAAUAUAUAGAUGGGUGACAGCCUGAUCUGUAACAUUUAACAUUAAAACCCUUGUAAGCAUUUCUUUACCCUUCCUCCCUGAUAUAUGUUCAGGCAUCAUUCCAGCACACGUCAAUCACUGUUAAGCCCAAAACACUCCAGCCACAAAUGUGGAAAUACCCUGUUAGUCUCUCCGGACGUGUCAAAGCGAAGAAGCGGCGGCCUGUAUGUUGAAUGUCACAACAGGGUAACUGUCAGCUCGCUGAGGUCAACUCCUUCUCUCCUAAUCACGCUGACGAGAGGAGUUUUAACUUUGCACGCCACAAACACAAAACCAUUCAAAGACCAUAAGCUGAAUAAUUUGUUGGUGUAAGAUGAUCAGGUUUAAAGAGAAGCUCCACUUACUGUUACUUUGCAUCCAAAUGUACAUAAUGUUUGAAUCUUCUGAAGCUCCAGCCUCAGUUUGUGCCUCGUGUAUCUUCACUACGUUACAUUCACAGAGCUAAACAUGAACAUUUGUCUGUUUCAAGUUGCGACUAAAUUUCUUUAUCGAUGUCGUGAAAGUGGGAAGUUGCUGAAUGUAUGUCCGUUGCUUGUUCUGUACAACACAUGAAACAAGUUAUUCUGUGUGGAAAUAUACAUUUCAAGAUCCCUGAAGACACAAACUGGGGCUAGUGCCGCUUCAUGCAGCCCUGUAGAGUCGUCACUUUCCCGCACCAGUUGGAAGCUCGAUUGAAACGAGGCUUUUCGUGCCUAAAGAGGAGAGUGCAAUGUUAGUAUUUUUUACUCUAGAGUCUUAUUGAAGAAUGUGUCCCUUUUCCCAUAUGUCAUCCCACGCCGAGUUAGACCCGUGCUACGUGAGGAUGAGAGCUCGUUGUAGAGGUACAAAAGGAGCACUGCAGGUGAACACAUUAUGCAAUUAGAGUUUUUAAAAAAACAACCUGUGCAGGUUUUGACGUUUUUAGUACUCUUAACAAAUCGCCAAAGAAUCCAUUCUGUCUGUAACAUGCUGUCGAUUGAAAUCAUCUCGCUUUCAAUGUUCAGCUCAUUUAAGCCUAGUCUGGUAUGUAACGCAAUAUUAACCUACAUUCCCCAUGCCAGCCAUACUACCUGUGACACCUCAGAGAAACACGAUAGUAGUCUGUUCCAUAUUGGUGUUGGGAUGGGGUGGGGGCCUUUUUCUUCAGCAUGUGUUCAGAUCAUUGAGUCUUCAUUGCUACUGAUUGACCCCCCGACUAUAAGCUGUUAGGAAAUGUCAAUAUAUGAAUUUUCUCAGAGGUAUAUUUUUAUGUAUGUAUAUUUCUCAAAUGUUUACUGUGAUAGUUAGGUUUUUUUUUUUUUUUGUUCGCGGUGACAUAGUUAGAAACCAUUUAAUGACAAUCCAUACUUGUAUACUCUGGAUUUUUUGUCUUGGGAGAAAAACAAUAAAACUUGUUAUCUAAA